GAGGAGGAGAAGAAGGGAAGAGGAGGGAGAAAGAUGGAGGGAGAGGGUGGAGGAGCAGGAGGAGGUAAUGAAGAAACUGAGAAAAGAAGUGUUUGACCUGGGAGAAGAGAAGAGAGAGAGGGAGCGACUUCGAGAGGAGGAGGCAAAGAGGACGGAGGAGGAGACGGAGGCGCUCUGCGACCGGAUGGAGAGAUUAGAAGGAGAGAAGGAGGAGCGGGAGGAGGAGGUGAAGAGAUGGAGGGGGAGGGUGGAGGAGCUGGAGGACGAGAUAAAGAAACUAAGAAGAGAAACUUCUGAACUAGAAGAGAAAAUGAAAAGGAGGGAAAUCCUGCGAGACGAGGAAAGAGAGGAGGAGGAGAAGAGGAGAAGGGAGGAGGAGAGGAUGGAUGGCAGACUGAGAGAGGAGGAGGUGAAGAGGGAGGAGAAGACUGAGGCACUCUGCAAAUUGAUAGAGGGAUUAGAAAAGGAGAAAGAAGAACUGCAGGCGGACACUACAAGACUGAGAAAAGAAAUUUCUGAACUAGAAGAAGAGAGGAGCGAAAUGGAGAGGCUGAGGGAGGAGGAGGAGAGGAGCAAGGUGGAGAGGCUGAGGGAGGAGGAGGAGAGGAGCAAGGUGGAGAGGCUGAGGGAGGAGGAGGAGAGGAGCAAGGUGGAGAGGCUGAGGGAGGAGGUGAAGAGGGAGGAGGAGGAGAAGCUCUGCGACCGAAUAGAGAAAUUAGAAAGAGAGAAAGAAGAACUGCAGGUGGAAAUAAAGAAACUGAGAAAAGAGACCUCCCAACUUUUGGAAGAGAGGAGCGAGAAUGAGAGACUGCAGGAGGAAGAAGAGGAGGAGAGGAGAAAAAGGGAGGAGGCAAAAAAGAAGGAGACAGAGGCGCUCUGCGGCCGGAUAGAGAGAGUAGAGAAGGAGAAGGAAGAACUGCAGGACGAAAUAAAGACACUGAGAAAAGAAACCUCCCAACUCUUGGAAGAGAGGAGAGAGAAGGAGAGACUUAAGGAGGAGGAGGAGGAGGAGGAGGAGAGGACGGAGAAGCUCUGCGACCGGAUAGAGAGAUUAGAAAGAGAGAAAGAAGAACUGCAGGACGAAAUAAAGACACUGAGAAAAGAGACCUCCCAACUCUUGGAAGAGAGGAGAGAGAAGGAGAGACAGCAGGAGGAAGAGGAGGAGGAGAGGAGUAAAAGGGAGGAGGCGAAAAAGAAGGAGACAGAGGUGCUCUGCGGCCGGAUAGAGAGAGUAGAGAAGGAGAAGGAAGAACUGCAGGACGAAAUAAAGACACUGAGAAAAGAAACCUCCCAACUCUUGGAAGAGAGGAGAGAGAAGGAGAGACUGAAGGAGGAGGAGAAGGAGAGGAUGGAGAAGCUCUGCGGCCGGAUAGAGAGAUUAGAAAGAGAGAAAGAAGAACUGCAGGACGAAAUAAAGACACUGAGAAAAGAGACCUCCCAGCUCUUGGAAGAGAGGAGAGAGAAGGAGAGACAGCAGGAGGAAGAGGAGGAGGAGGAGGAGGAGGCCAGCGAGGCAGAGCUGCUGCGUGUCUGUCUGAGCGUGGCGAGGGAGGAGUGCUCUGAGAUGAAGCAGGAGGUGCAGCGGAGGGAGGAGCAGCUGGAGCGCCAGAUGGGAGCCGUGCGGCAGCGGGAGGAGGAGGUGGAGCGUCUGAAGGAGGCGCUGCGGCGGGCGGAGGAGGCGCUGCAGGAGGCUGACGGGGAGCAGCAGGAGGCGCGGGUCGCCCUGGAGCAGAAGGAGGCGCGGGAGGAGCAGCUGGAGGCGCUGCUCAGAGAAACACAGCAGCUCCUGCAGGAAGAGAGGAGCCAGGGGGGAGACAGAGAACUCACCCUCUCCACACAGGCGCGGGCGCUGCAGGAGGCGCGGGCGGAGAGCGAGGGAGGGAGGAGGAGAGCCAGAGAGAGGGAGGAGGCCUGCGAGCGGCUGGAGGAGGAGGUGAAGGAGUGGAGGAAGGAGGCCGAGCGGAGCGACAGGGAGGCGGCCGGGCUGAAACUCCUCCUGAAGGAGACACAGGAGGAGACCCAGCAGCUGAGAGCAGCGCUGGAGGAGAGGGAGGAGACGGAGGAGGAGCAUGGGAGAGACAGGGAGGCAGCCAGGAGGAGGAGCCUGGUACGAGUCCAACCCUCCUCAGGUAGAGUGAGAGAAGUGGAGGAAGAGAGAGAAGAAGAGACAGAGGAGAGGAGGAGGCUGCAGGAGAGAGUGAGAGAGGCCGAGAGAGAUCUCAGGAGGACGGAGGAGGAGGUGACAGCUCUAAAAGAGGAGGUGAAAAAACAACGAAAAGAGAAGACCGCGGCGCACGAAGAGCUUGUGAAGAGAAGAGAAGAUGUGACGUCUCUCAGGGAGGAGGUGAAGAAGGAGCAGAGCAGGAGGCAGGAGGAGGUGUCUGCUCUCAGGGAGGAGGUGCAGAAGGAGAGGGAGGAGGGAGGAGAGAGAGGAGAUACAGGAGGAGCUGGCGGCUGUAAAGGAGGAGGCGCAGAGGAGAGGGGGGGAGGCUCAGGAGGAGGGGAGGCAGAGGGGGAGCUACAGGAGGAGGUGCAGAAGGAGAAGGAGCGGCUACAGGAGAUGUUAAGGAAGACAGAAAAUGAGAUAAAAUCUCUCAGAGAGGAAGUGAAAAAUCAACAAAGGGAGAAAAAGGAGGCGCAGGAGGAGCUGACAGCCCUAAAGGAGGAGGUGCAGAGGGAGCAGACGAGAAGCUACAGCGACGGGGAGGAGUCUGCUCUCGGAGAGGAGGUGCAGAAGGAACAAAGGGAGGCUCAGAAAGAGCUGAAGAAGAGGAGAGAAGACGUGACAUCUCUCAAAGAGGAGGUGAAAAAGCAACAAAGGGAGAUGAAGGAGACCCAGGAGGAGCUGACAGCCUUAAGACGGGAGGCUCAGGAGAAGGGGAGGCAGAGGGAAGAGAUACAGGAGGAGCUGACAGCGCUCAGAGAGGAGGUGCAGAAGGUGCAGAAGGAGAAAGAUCAGCUACAAGAGACCUUUAUAACGACAGAAAAUGUGAUGAUUUCUCUCCGAGAGGAGGUGAAAAAGCAACAAAGGGAGACGGAGGAGCUGACCGCCCUAAAGGAGGAGCAGAGGCGGACUGACAAUGAGUUUAGGGUCAUCAGAGAGGAGGUGCAGAAGGAAAAGAAGGAGAAGGAGCAGCUGCAGGAGACAUUAAUGAAGACCGAGACGGAGGUGAAAUUUCUCAGAGAGAAAGUGAGAAAGCAACAAAGGGAGACGGAGGAGGCGCAGGAGGAGCUGAGGAGGACCAACAGAGAUGGGGAGGUGUCUGGACUUAGAGAGGAGGUGCAGAGGCAGAGGGAGGAGGUGAAGAAGGAGAAGGAGCAGCUACAGGAGACAUUAAUGAAGACAGAAAAUGAGAUAAAAUCUCUCAGAGAGGAAGUAAAAAAGCAACAAAAGGAGACGAAGGAGGCGCAGGAGGAGCUGAGAGCCCUAAAGGAGGAGGUGCAGAGGGAGCAGACAAGGAGCAACAACGACGGGGAGGAGUCUGCUCUCAGAGAGGAGGUGCAGAAGGAACAAAAGGAGGCUCAGAAAGAGCUGAUGAAGAGGAGAGAAGACGUGAAAUCUCUCAGAGAGGAGGUCCAGGAGGAGCAGAGAGAGAAGGAGCGGCUACAGGAGACGUUACUGCAGACAGAGAGGGAGGUGACAGCUCUCAGAGAGGAGGUGCAGAAGCAGCAGAGCAAGAAGGAGGAGGCGCAGGAGGAGCUGAGAGGAGUGCAGCGGAGCAUGGAACUGAUGGAGGUGAACCUGCAGACUCAGGAGAGCCAGGCAGAGGCGGAGCGUCGGAGGGAGGAGGCCGAGGAGAAGGAG